AUGAAGAAAAACGAAGGAGACAAGGGAGAAGAAGAAGAAAAAGAUGAAGAAGGAGAAGAAGAAGAAGAAGGAAAAAAGGAGGAGGAGAAGAAAAGAGGAAUGGAGAAGAUGAUGAGGAAGAAGGGAAGAAGAAGAAGAAGAAAAGAAAGAAAUAUUGACGUUCAAAGAUACAUGGACGCUCUGCUGUACAACAUCUCACUAGAUAAAUACAGUCCUCCCGAUCACACGGUCAUCAGCCUCGCGUGUACCGUGUGCAAAAAACUUAUGGAGGCGGGUCGAUGGGCGGAGAUUGACUCGCUGUUCGAAGGCGUGUUCGCGGGCUUCAUCGAGCAUUACCGCGAGAUCGAGCUCCUCCUCCGUGUCGAGAUCAUGAAUGCGAAGACGAAGGGGAAUUACCAGCAUGCGUGUCAUUUGAUCGAGAUUGGACCAUUUCGUGAUGGUUCUGAUCUUAUUGGCGUAUGGGACGAAUGCAUUGUUGAAAUACAGAAGAGGAAUCUAAAACGCCCUCUAACGUCAGUAUCCAAGUAUCGGAUUCGUGAGAGGUUUCCGCCUCCAAAAAGCAUUUGCCCAUCGGGAUAUCGCAUAAAGCACAGCCUCUCAACGUCUCAACGAGCAACACUCAUGAAUCACUUCCAAAGCGUUACAAAAUUUCCAAAGAAAGAACAAAAGAUGGAACUUGCAGAUAAAACUGGUUUGACGAAAACCCAAAUCCACAACUGGUUUUCAAACCGACGUAGGAGUUUAAAUCGGCGUCUUCCGGACGAGCGAGCGCCGCCUAGAAACGCCAACCCUACUCAGAAUGGUUGCAAUGGCAGCGAAAAUCCACACGCAGCAACCCAAUCAACCAAUCCGCUGACGAUGCUCUACAACGCUGCCGAGUUCGCCGCUUCAUUGGACAACAAAUUGACCUCAAGUCACCAAAGCCACGCCCCAAAUAUCACUCUGCACACCGCACCCGCUGCAACUGACACCAGUCACUUGCAUUUGGGAAGCUCCGCCCAUUGCAACGUUGGUGGGCACACAGCACCAAACGGGAGAGAAUGUCCCCAUUACGUCACAAAUGGGAGAGAAUUUCCACAUUACGUCACAAAUUAUUACCGGGGUGAAUACAGCCAGAGUCAUUAUCAGGGUGAAUAUCGCCAGACUUACUACCGAGAAGGCGGUUAUGAUUAUUAUAGACCCAAUGACUGGGUUCCAACCUACUAUUAAAGAUUACCCUUACCAAAUCCCGGUUGUCCACCACCCAUUAGGCGGUUAGUUCGCCAUCCCUAAACCGUUAGUCAGCCAUCCUUACACCAUUAUUCCGCCAUCCUUACACCUUAGUCCGCCAUGCUUACACUGUUAGUCCGCCAUCCUUACACCGUUAGUCCGCCAUCCGUACACCGUUAGUCCGCCAUGCUUACACUGUUAGUCCGCCAUCCUUACACCGUUAGUCCGCCAUGCUUACACCGUUA